AUGAUAGAAGAUUCAUCUUCAGAUGAGGAAGACGAGUUUCGCGACAGAGUCUUCGAGCCCGUUGGAACUCGAACAAGCAGUUCCCCGUCUCAGUCUAUUACAGUCGAUGGGUUUUCCAUUUCUUCGUCAGAUCACCACUCUGAUGAACCCGUUGCUAAUGGAUUUUCCGACUUGACUCUAAGUAACACUGGGACGAACAGUAACACAACCGCCACGGAUUUUUCCUCGAAAACACAGACAAUCGGAAAAGAGAAAACAGAACAACUGGUAAAUGGAAGAAAGAGUAGCACGCCGAGUGGGAAGAUGUCAGAUCAACAGCAGGAGUACCAAGCGAUUUUGCAAGCUCCAGACGACGAAGAAAAACAAAGAGAGAUAGCGAAGAAACGGAUUCAGCUCUAUGUCUUUUGUCUCAGAGCCAUUGCGUAUCCAUUUAAUGCAAAGCAACCAACAGAUCUGGUCCGACGGCAAUGCAAGAUCACCCCCCAACAACUCGAAGUCAUCCGCGAGCGAUUCCACUCCUUCCUCGCUGGCCAUUCAAAUAUCGUCGCCGACGAAGCCUUUUUCAACGCGAUGCAAAGUUUUUACGAAGUAUUUAUGCAAAGCCCUCGGAUCAAUCGAAUGGUUGAAUCUGGCGGCGCCACUGCUUCGGAUUUCCGAGAAGUGUUCAAAACGAAUGUGCAGAAAAGAAUCAACUUGCUUCCUGAAAUUGAUGGAAUGGGCAAAGACAACUUGAUCCACAGUUGGCUGACAAAGUUCGACGCAAUUUACUUUGGCGAAGAUGAGUCGGCCGUCGAUGGCAAGCGAAAACGUGCCAAAGAAACUGCUCAAUCCGAGCUCAUCCUCACCAAAGAGCAAUUAUACGAUAUGUUUCAAUAUAUUCUCGGCAUUCAACGAUACGAGCAUCAGCAACUUGCGCAAGGGUGUCAGCAUAUUUUUCGACGAAUUAUCGACAAUUUACGAGGCUAA